AUGGCAGCCAGGAACUACACAGAAAUCUCCGAAUUCCUCCUCCUGGGGCUCUCGGAGGACCCCGGGGAGCAGCGGCUGCUGUUCCUCCUCUUCCUGAGCAUGUACCUGGUCACGGGGCUGGGGAACCUGCUCAUCGUCCUGGCCAUCGUCACCGACGCCCGGCUCCACACCCCCAUGUACUUCUUCCUGGCCAACCUGGCCUCCGUGGACGUCUGCUUCACCACCACCACGGUCCCCAAGAUGCUGGUGAACCACGUCACGGGCCGCAGGACCAUCUCGUACGUGGGCUGCCUCACCCAGAUGUUCUUCUUCAUCUGGUUCAUCUGCAUCGACAGCUUCCUGCUGGGCGCCAUGGCCUAUGACCGCUACGCGGCCAUCUGCCACCCCCUGCACUACGCCACGACCAUGACGCCGCUGGUGUGCGUCCUGCUGGUGGGGGCGUCCUGGGCCGGGGCCCUGGGAAACGCCCUGGUCCACACCGUGCUCAUGGCCCAGCUCUCCUUCUGCGCCCACAACCGGGUGCCCCACUUCUUCUGCGACGUCAGCCCGCUGCUCAAGCUGGUCUGCUCCGACACGUCCCUCAUCAACAUCACCCUGAACACCGUGGGCGCCCUGCCGCUCUUCGUCCCCUUCAUGGGCAUCCUGGUCUCCUACUCCAACAUCUUCGCCGCCGUGCUGAGGAUCCCGUCGCGGACAGGCAAGCAGAAGGCCUUCUCCACCUGCGGCUCCCACCUCUCCGUGGUGUCCCUCUUCUACGGGACCCUCAUCGGGGUGUAUUUCAACCCCACGUCCUUGCACACGGCCCAGAAGGACACGGUGGCUGCGGUGAUGUACACGGUGGUGACCCCCAUGAUGAACCCCUUCAUCUACAGCCUCCGGAACAAGGACAUGAAGGGCGCCCUGGCGGCCCUGGUCGGCCGGAAACCGGCCUUUACUCGGUGA